CCCUUUGUGCGACCGCCCGCGGACAUCGGGACCAUGUGGGUGAAUCCCGAGGAGGUGCUGCUGGCCAACGCGCUGUGGAUCACCGAGCGAGCCAACCCCUACUUCAUCCUGCAGCGGAGGAAGGGCCACGCCGGCGACGGUGGCGGCGGCGGCGGACUGGCGGGCCUCCUGGUGGGCACCCUUGAUGUAGUAUUGGACUCCAGUGCCCGGGUUGCUCCUUACCGAAUCCUUUACCAGACUCCAGACUCUCUGGUCUAUUGGACCAUUGCCUGUGGUGGUUCCAGGAAGGAAAUUACUGAACAUUGGGAAUGGCUUGAGCAGAAUCUCCUGCAAACGCUCUCCAUCUUCGAGAAUGAGAAUGACAUCACCACGUUCGUGAGAGGAAAGAUACAGGGCAUCAUUGCAGAGUAUAACAAAAUCAAUGAUGUGAAAGAAGACGACGACACCGAGAAGUUUAAAGAAGCCAUCGUCAAGUUCCAUAGGCUGUUUGGGAUGCCUGAAGAAGAGAAACUGGUCAACUACUACUCUUGCAGCUACUGGAAGGGGAAGGUCCCCCGGCAGGGUUGGAUGUACCUCAGUAUUAACCACCUGUGCUUUUCCUCCUUCCUCAUGGGGAGAGAAGCCAAGCUGGUGAUCCGGUGGGUGGACAUCACUCAGCUGGAGAAGAACGCCACGCUGCUCCUGCCUGACGUGAUCAAAGUGAGCACACGGUCCAGCGAGCAUUUCUUCUCUGUGUUCCUCAACAUCAAUGAGACUUUCAAGCUAAUGGAACAGCUUGCCAACAUAGCCAUGAGGCAGCUCUUGGACAACGAAGGCUUUGAACAAGACAGGUCCCUGCCCAAACUCAAGAAGAAAUCUCCCAAAAAAGUAUCUGCUCUGAAACGUGAUCUCGAUGCCAGGGCGAAGAGUGAGAGAUACCGUGCCCUUUUCCGGUUGCCCAAAGAUGAAAAGCUAGAUGGCCACACAGACUGCACCCUCUGGACUCCGUUUAACAAAAUGCAUAUUCUGGGACAGAUGUUUGUCUCAACAAAUUACAUCUGCUUUACCAGCAAGGAGGAAAACUUAUGUAGCCUCAUAAUCCCACUCCGGGAAGUGACAAUUGUGGAGAAGGCCGACAGCUCCAGUGUGCUCCCCAGCCCUCUGUCCAUCAGCACAAGGAAUAGGAUGACCUUCCUGUUUGCCAAUUUGAAAGACAGAGACUUCCUGGUACAGAGGAUCUCAGAUUUCCUGCAGCAGACAACUUCUAAAAUAUACUCAGACAAAGAGUUUGCGGGAAGCUACAACAGUUCAGAUGAUGAGGUGUACUCCCGGCCCAGCAGCCUUGUGUCCUCCAGCCCUCAGAGAAGCACGAGCUCCGAUGCUGAUGGAGAACGCCCUUUCAACCUCAAUGGCAACAGCAUCCCCACAGCCACACAGACCCUGAUGACCAUGUACCGGCGGCGCUCUCCUGAGGAAUUCAACCCGAAAUUGGCCAAAGAGUUUUUGAAAGAGCAAGCCUGGAAGAUUCACUUUGCUGAGUAUGGUCAGGGAAUCUGCAUGUACCGCACAGAGAAGACGCGGGAGCUGGUGUUGAAGGGGAUCCCAGAGAGCAUGCGUGGGGAGCUCUGGCUGCUGCUCUCAGGGGCCAUCAAUGAAAAAGCCACACACCCCGGCUACUAUGAAGACCUUGUGGAGAAGUCCAUGGGGAAAUACAAUCUUGCUACUGAGGAGAUUGAAAGGGACUUACAUCGCUCACUUCCAGAACAUCCAGCUUUCCAGAAUGAAAUGGGCAUCGCAGCUCUGAGGAGAGUCUUAACAGCUUAUGCUUUUCGAAAUCCCAACAUAGGGUAUUGCCAGGCCAUGAACAUUGUCACUUCAGUGCUGCUUCUUUAUGCCAAAGAGGAAGAGGCGUUCUGGCUACUUGUGGCCUUGUGUGAGCGCAUGCUUCCCGAUUACUACAACACCAGAGUUGUUGGUGCCCUGGUAGACCAAGGGGUCUUUGAAGAGCUGGCACGAGACUAUGUCCCGCAGCUGUAUGACUGCAUGCAAGACCUGGGUGUGAUUUCUACCAUUUCCCUGUCUUGGUUCCUCACACUGUUUCUCAGUGUGAUGCCCUUUGAGAGUGCAGUGGUGGUUGUGGACUGUUUCUUCUAUGAAGGAAUCAAAGUGAUAUUUCAGUUGGCCCUUGCUGUGCUGGAUGCCAAUGUGGAUAAACUACUAAACUGCAAGGAUGAUGGGGAGGCCAUGACUGUGUUGGGAAGGUACUUAGACAGUGUGACCAACAAAGACAGCACACUGCCGCCCAUCCCGCACCUCCACUCCCUGCUCAGUGACGAUGUGGAGCCAUACCCUGCGGUAGACAUCUUCAGACUCAUAGGAACUUCCUACGAGAAAUUUGGAACUAUCCGGGCAGACUUGAUUGAGCAGAUGAGAUUCAAGCAGAGGCUGAAAGUGAUCCAGACUCUGGAGGAUACCACCAAACGCAAUGUGGUCCGAACUAUCGUGACAGAAACUUCCUUUACCAUUGAUGAGCUGGAAGAACUUUAUGCUCUUUUCAAGGCUGAACAUCUGACCAGUUGCUACUGGGGCGGCAGCAGCAACGCGCUGGACCGACAUGACCCCAGCCUGCCUUACCUGGAGCAGUACCGCAUUGACUUUGAGCAGUUCAAGGGCAUGUUUGCACUUCUCUUUCCCUGGGCAUGUGGCACUCACUCGGAUGUGCUGGCCUCCCGCUUGUUCCAAUUAUUAGAUGAGAACGGGGACUCCCUGAUUAACUUCCGAGAGUUCAUCUCUGGACUGAGUGCUGCCUGCCAUGGGGAUCUCACAGAGAAACUCAAACUCCUGUAUAAAAUGCACGUCUUGCCUGAGCCAUCCUCUGAUCAAGAUGAGCCCGAUUCUGCUUUUGAAGCAACUCAGUACUUCUUUGAAGAUAUUACCCCAGAAUGUACACAUGUUGUUGGGUUGGACAGCAGAGGCAAACAGAGUGCAGAUGAAGGCUUUGUCGCCGUGAGUCUGGGUCUGAAGCGGGACAAAGGUACAGGGAAGAGGACAAAUUCUCAAGAAAAUCGUAAUUAUCUGAGACUCUGGACUCCAGAAAAUAAGUCUAAAUCAAAGAAUGCAAAGGAUUUACCCAAGCUGAAUCAGGGGCAGUUUAUCGAGCUGUGUAAGACCAUGUACAACAUGUUCAGUGAGGACCCCAAUGAGCAGGAGCUGUACCACGCUACAGCAGCAGUGACCAGCCUCCUGCUGGAGAUUGGAGAGGUGGGCAAGCUCUUCAUCACGCAGCCUGCCAAGGAGGGUGGGGGCGCUGGCAGCGGGCCACCCUGCAGCCAGGCCAUUCCAGGCAUGCUCAUCCCCAAGAAGGGACCUAGCCAGCCCUACAUGGUAGAGUCCAUGGAAUCGCUUCCACCUAACCUGGCACCGGACAGUGAGGAGCACUCCCUGGGAGGGCAGAUGGAGGACAUUAAGCUGGAGGACUCCUCACCCAGGGACAAUGGAGCCUGCUCCUCCAUGCUGAUCUCCGACGAUGAUACCAAGGAUGACAGCUCCAUGUCAUCCUAUUCGGUGCUGAGUGCCGGCUCUCAUGAGGAGGACAAGCUGCACUGUGAAGACAUUGGCGAGGACACAGUCCUGGUGCGUAGUGGUCAGGGCACAACAACCCUCCCCCGGAGCACCAGCCUGGACCGAGACUGGGCCAUCACCUUUGAGCAGUUCCUGGCCUCACUCUUGACUGAGCCCGCUCUGGUGAAGUACUUUGACAAGCCCGUGUGCAUGAUGGCCAGAGUCAAUAGUGCAAAGAACAUCCGCAUGAUGGGCAAGCCCCUCACUUCAGCCAGUGACUAUGAAAUCUCUGCCCUGUCGGGCUGAUGCAAAUGGCUACUUCCCUAGGGAUGGGCAGGAAGAGGGAGCUUUUUUAUGUUCUGUGUUGGGGGUUUCCUUUCUCUCAAAUAUUUAUUAGUACCUGGCUGGAAGCCUAGUGUUUUCAUAAUGUAAUAGAAUGAAGACAGUUGAGAAAUAGUUAAACACCUCAAUGUAAGGCACUGCAUACUCUGCCUUGGGGGAGGGGACUAUCAGAAUCCACUUUAUUCAGUGAACCCCUCCCCCAGAAGACCAAUCUGUCAGUGAUAUGUGUGUAUUAUAACUUAUUACUCUUGCUGUUGAGCUGUAUCCAUGGUUUAAAAAUAGUGCUAUUUAGUACUAAGUAAGUAAGCCGUCCUCUAUGUAUUUGGGCUUCUAAAUAAACUUAGAGAUGGGAGGAAAAUAGAAUUUCUCAAACAUGAGACUGUUUUUAGAAGGAAAGGGAAAUGUUGGUUGGGGUAAAUCCUGUACCACUUUAGCAAGUAUUAAAAUAUUUUUUAAGAUUUGAAAUAUAUUUCGUAAAAGUCCUCUAUUCAGAAAUCAUACACCUAUCCCCCUCUAGGAAAAAAAACAUUUGAGUUCUAAACAGUUAUGAAAGUGUAAAUGAGUUUUUCACAAAGCUAGGAUGACAUAUUUGAUCAAUUUGGACAGAUGUCAUACAAUUUUGCAUCAAUAACUUGUCUUGAUUAUGUCAGAUGGCCAGAAAAAAAAAAGUGAUGGAUCUGAGCAUCUGAAUGGGUCAGCAAAAAGAACGAGGACUUAGGAUUAGCUUUGUGCUUUGACUUUGUUUUUAAGGAGUGAAAGUUCUGAGGUUUUUCGUACUGAGUUUUCAGAUGCUUGCUACUCACUAAGUAAAGGAAAAACAUGAAACAAUAAACUUGACCAUUUCCACACUCUCCUUACAGCCAAGAAAUUACACCGUGUGUCACAUUCAGCCAUCUUCCCAUUAAGUCAGUGUGGAUAUGAUGUAAAUGGCAAAGGAAUUCUGCAAGAUAGCAUAUCUAGAUGUUUUAAAACAGAACUUGUCACUUUAUAUGAGAGCAGAAUGCUCUCGCUCCUGAGUGGACGUGGGGAUGAAAGUUGGCACACCUGCACUUUGAACCUUGCUUCUGUUUUGUUACUGCUAUGCUUCUGUUUAUUAUAGCCCUGGGAGACCUUCUCUUCGUCGUUGGAGUCAUAAUCAUGUUCACAUUUCCUUUGCGGCAAUAUUACUUUCCAUACAUUCCCUUAUUUUAUUCUACAUUAUGUCCUUAUUGUAGUGGUUGCAACUGUAAUUUUUUUUAUUUUAUUUACAGGAUGAUUUUCAAAUUGUCAAAUGAAGUAGUGUUAACCCCAAGUAGGAUAAAUGUGAACAAAUAAAAUACUUCAGCUAUGGCUUUUUA